AGAGCAACGAAAAUAUUCCCUCCAUUGAGUUUCUUCUUGGUUAUAGGUCAGAUAUUGUCCAACUCUAUAGAGAUACCUUCAUGGAGAAGGUCCUGGAAACCUAUGCAGGCAACAGAACCCUUGGCAAUGGUGAAAUGUUCGUGAUGGGCAAUUACUACUGUCCCUUGAUGCUGCUCCUGCUUUGGAUGGCCUCCAUCGGCCUCUUAAUUUGCACCUUUUGGUACUGCAAAUUCGUUAGAUCGGAAACGGUCACCACCUUCGAUUCGAGCAGCUUUGAACUGCAGGAGGUAAGCGUCCUGCAGCACAACAAGGGAUGCACCUGCUUGGACUGUCUACAUCGCCAGCUUAACCAAGAGCUCGAGCUUAAAAAUACAACAAAGGGGAAUUAA